UUGCUGCUCACGCGUGCACAUGCGCAUGAAAACGUAGCCUAAAUACUUAGUCGAUCUAGCAGAAAAAGAAAGGUUAUAUAUCGAUCCAUGCGCCUGUAAAACAGUUUUUGCUGACAAUCCGUACUGGUCAAAAGAGGAAAAUGAUGAUUCUACGAGUGGUGGCGAGACGUCACCUGCCCUGUUCGACAAGUGCUUGCCAGCAUACUCGACUGCUUUCGACAGCUCACGCUCGUGAGGAGAAGGAAAUCUUGCGUGAUUUUACACCUAAUUUACCGACUCCUCAGCCGAAGAAACCGGGGCGCCCACCUUUUGCUAAAAAUUUGUUCUUGGGAAAGUUUGACUAUGAGUGGCUGGCUUAUCCAGAGCCACAACACGUAGACAGGUACAAUGAAUUUCAAGAAUGGCUGGCGCCCAUCGAACGCUACAUGAAAACAGUAAAUCCCAAAGAAUUUGAAGAAACAGAAACCAUUCCCUCUCAUGUUCUUCAAAAGUUAAGGGAGUUAGGUGUAUUCGGUGCUAGGAUACCCGGAGACUACAGGGGCAUGAACCUUCUCAACUCUGAGUACAUGAGAGUUCUAGAAACCGUUGGCACCGUUCCUGCCUUGGGUCUGUUUCUCCUAAAACAAGGAGUUCCAGCCAUAGACAUCUUCACCAAGUGGGGCACAGUCGAACAGAAAUUGAAGUACCUUCCCAAAAUAGCUACAGGCCAAUCAAUAGCAACGGUUGCCGUCACGGAAAGCAAUAGCGGACCUUCAGCCUGUGAUUUCGAAACCAUAGCCUCGUUGUCCGACUGCGACGAGUACUGGUACCUCGAUGGAGAGAAAACAUUUGUUUCAAACGCCAGUAUAUCUGACGUCUUCAUCGUCAUAGGGCACGCGAUGCAAAGCGGCCAUCUGGAGAAGCGUCCCGAGACCAUUUCCUCCUUCAUUGUCGACAGGGAUACUCCGGGAUUCACGGUCCUGAAAGAUUCCAUUAAGACCGUUGGUCUAAAAGGUUUCGAAACCGGUAAAAUUGUCAUGCGAGGUGUCAAGAUCCCUAAGAGCAACAUCAUCGGCGAGAUAGGCGAUGGGUCCGAACAGCUGCUAGAAAUGUUCCGCAACGGUCGGCACUUCAUCGCCACUCAGGCGAUCGCACUGCUCAAAAACUUUCAGCGUAAACUCACCAAGGAUAUACUGCCUCGCAAGCACUUCGACAAAAUGCUCUUUGAAACGGAAUCGGCCAAGAUUGUCUUUGCCAACAUUAGCUGCUCUAUCUAUGCAAUAGAGAGCGUUCUCUACCUCACUACCGCAGCGAUGGACAUCUACGACGGCCAGGACCUCCAGUUGGAGACAGCCCUCGUCGAGCAGUUCUGCGUUCAGGAAUGCCUCAAGAGGAUACAGGAGAGCAUAUGGCUUGUCGGACCUAAAGCCUGUACCUUGGUGGAACCGUUUGAGCAGAUUCUGAGGGACGCGUUCACAGUGUCGAACUAUGAGACCUCCUUGUUUGACACGAAAAUCUAUUCUGCCCUCUUGGGCUUGCAACACUACGGCCUUGACAUGGCGGAUGACAUCAAGAAAAGUCGUAAUCCUUUCAUGUUCCCCAGCUACGUAUUCCAGCAGAUAUUUUCGCAGCAAGGCGCUUUGAAACUGCACAUAGAAGACUACCUGCACCCAUCGUUCAGGGAGUGCGCUGACUUCUGCGACAGGAGUCUCUUCAGAUUGAAAGACUCGGCAGAGAAUCUACUGAUUCGCAGUGGUACCGAAGUGGGCAAGGAGCACGGAGCCCUGCAGAGGCUUAGCGAUAUCGCCUCGUUGAUCUACGUGUACGUGGCCAUAAUCGGCAGAGCGUCCAGGUCGUACUGCAUCGGUCACAGAGACUCGUUUGACGAGGUGAAGCUCUCUAUGAUUAUGGCUUACAGGUUGCAGCAGGAGGUGUACAGACUAUCCGAUGAUAUAAAGAACAGCGAAUACUCCAACGGGGACUACCUUUGUAGGGAACUGGCCGAUCUACAUUUCGAGAAAAAGCACUACUUUGCAGCGCAUCCGCUACAGAGAAAUUACUAGACGCGCGUGACAAUGAAACGGUAUACUUAUACCUAAAGGAAUUUAUCCAUUGCGCGAAUGCUUUGUUUCACUGCGUAUAGCGUUAGGUCGUUUUUUUACUCCAAUUCGAAAGAUUCAUUUUUGAUAAGCAAUGUAACAAAGGAGACGUGAUGGAUGUAUAUUAAAAACCUUGCUUUCAGAAGCGAUUGGGGAUCGAUCAUGUUGACGUGACAGUAAGAUUGUAAAUAUUUAACUUUAGAAUAUGUUGUUAUUAUAAAAUAAAAACGAUAAGAACUAGAGAUUUUA